AUGUGUGUACUGUGUACUGUGUUGCUUUUAUGUUCUAACUCAUAGUAGAUUACCGAAUUGUGUGAAUAUAAUUUAAAACAAUUAUCAUAUUAGAAGUUUGAAAUAAGACAGGACUGAUUAUUUAAGGUUUUAUAUUCCUGAAGGCGUAAAUAUGUCGCUAAGUGAUCGUUGUUGUUUCCCUGGUUGUGAUGAGAGUGGAAAUUCACAUAAAAUUCUAUAUGGCUUUCCAAGUCCCACUUGUGACCUACAGAGAUUUAGAUCUUGGGUCUAUGCAAUUGGUGGUGAUAUUCUUUACUUGGAUAAUUUCUACAUUCACAAAUAUUGCAGAGUCUGUCGUAAUCACUUUGAAGAGAAAUAUUUUUGCCAUCAUAAUAGAAUUAAUGAUAUGGCUAUACCAACACUUCAUAUGCCUGAUUCCGCAAGUUUUGAAAGAGUUUCUCAAGAUAUUCCUUGUGUCUCUUCUGAGGUGGAAAUUCCACAAGAAGAAAUGCAAAAUUCAUUUCAACAUAUAGAAAAUGAUGAAAAUGUGGAUCAAAGCUAUUGUCAAUUAUUGCAAGAUGAUAAUUAUUGCCCUGAAGUUGCUGUUGAAUAUGAAAUAAGCAGUGAUAAAAUGCAGAUUUCGGACUUAUCAAAUGAGGCUAUUGAAGAAGUAAGUGAAUCUGGUAUUUCAUUCAUAUCGAAUCAUUUCAAUAAUCGGCUCACGAAACGCCAACCACAGUCUUUAAGUUCACAAAUAGCAACUGGUUCGGAAGUGGACUCGGGUAUUAAAAAUAUUUCACAUACUAAAAAUACUAAAGAGACGCGGAUCAUUAAUAUUCAGUCUCAAACUGAGGAGUGUGACAGGAUUAAUACUGACUCAAAGGAUGAACAAAUUAAGUCGCUGAGAAAACAAUGCAACUUUUUGAAAGAAAAGCUUAAGAAACAACAGGAAAGAAUAGCAUGUUAUAAGGAAGAAAUUAAAAAAUCCAAAUAUCUUUCUAAAGAAAAGUUUGAUGCCCUAACAGAGAGGGUUCCAGAACUUGGCAAACGCCUGAUGUGGAUGCAAUUACACCAGCCUAAGAAAAAGAAUGGGCAUCGCUUUGAUACUAAAGAGAAAUUAAUGUGUCUCGCGAUUAAGAAGUAUAAACCCGAAUGUUUUAAGUUUUUGAAAAAGACAUUUCUUAUGCCCGGGGAGAAGACGCUGAAGAAUUUUUUUACAAAACUGCAAUUGCCUGAUUCGGAGCCGAAGGAAAUCGAACCGAACAUCGAUGACAUUGAAAUCGAAGUAGUUGUCACCGACACUUUGCUCGAUAAAGCGGAUUCGGAAACUCAAAUCUCGUAUGAGAUGCAGAAUUGCAAAAACGUGCUCGGAGAAUUCAUACAAUUCAAUAAUAGCACCAAUUUGGCUGAUUUUACUGACUUUCAGCAUGGUUUAUGUUAGCCUAUUCCGAUUCAUUUCCAGGGUUCGAUUCUAUUGAAAUAUAUUUUAUAUUUCUUGUUAGGGAGCAGAUGCAGAAAUGUGACAUGACGGGACUCCUAAGAGAUAUUUUCGUAUAAAAAAAAGUAUUUUUAUUUUAUACUCUAAUAGCGAAGUGAAAUCGGUCUGUCGGCGUUCCUAAAGUCGUGAUUUGUAUUGUGAUAUAACAAAUUAAUAAAGAAUAGAAGAGUACUGUACUCUGUAAUUUUUAUAGCCUAUAGCAAAUAGUUAUACUAUGUUUAAUAAAUGAAACUGAUAACCGAAUAAAAACAAUUUUUGUACUGAAUUUGAGACUUAAGACUUAAACUCGGCAAGUUUUACCCUCCCUCUACAUUACAAUUUCAAAGGAAAAUGUCAAACUACAACGUCAUUAAACUUACAUAAGUAAAAAAUAAUAAAAAUCUGUUCUGUGAUUUACCUCAUUCACCAUUACACACAUAUUCACAACGAUAAGAAAACAAAUUAUAACAAUAUAAUUAGAACUAUUGCCAAGCGUUUUUAUUUUCUAGGUAGUCGUUAACUGUGUCUACCUUUGCACAUUAAUGUGUUUUGAAUCUGUUUAAAGGCAGUUCUAAUAUUUCACUAGGAAUCAUGUUAAAGCAGCGCAUACUUAGGCCCAUAAAUGAAGUAUUUAUUUUCUGCAACCUGUAAUAUGACUGGAGCAGUUUUCUUAUUUCUUGUAUUCCUAUUGUUCUUCACUGUUCUUUAAAAGAGAACUAAUGUAACGGACAAAAACGAUACAGUUGUUGAUAUAUUAGGGGAAAUUGCAGCCUGCGUUUGCCUUAUCACUAUUUUUGUAUAUAUACAUAAUAUAAUCAUGAAUAUAUUGUGGGGGAAAGAUAAGUAUAUCUGAGAUUCGCUACAUUUUAAAUUAUAUAUUAUCAUGAAACGCCUCAAUGUGGUAUAUAUACUGAACUUCUAAGAAUACCUAGUCCUAUGUAUUAUAGUAGGGUAGUUGUAUAUUGUAUAAUAUUUUAUCUCUGGGUGGCAAUCUGCUGAAAUCCGCUAAAAAACGUCCAAUUAUGCACUAUUGAAAUAAUUAGUUUUAAGUAAUUAAAAAGCGAAAGAUUAUACGUUGGUAACAAA